AGAAAAAUAACUUUUCAUACACAUUUGUACAAAAAUUAAAAUUUUGUUUAUAUGCAAGUGUUACAAUGGAAUGUGUUAAAAUCAAGUUGAUUAUGAUAAGAGUUCAUAGACAUUUUUUACAUCUCUGCAUUUAUAAUUGAUCAUGCUUUUAAAUUAUAGUAAAAGUUUGAGUUUCUAAGUAAGUUUAAAUGAGUAAUUACAUGAAAAGUGAAUGCGGUUUAAUUAACCAAAAGUGGUUUCAGCAUUUAGUUUCUACAGUGGAAGGCUACUUGACCUUCUAGUAAACAAAGCUGAACUGGAUACUAGGGUCAUCAACACCAGCUUGACAAGCGAACUGCAGGCUUAGGUUUACAGUGAACUGUACAGGGCUAUCUUUAUAUCAACACAUGUAUAACAGACUGUAGGCAAUGUGGCAUGAACAUGAUUUUCAGAGUACCAUUAUCUAGGUGUAUACAAAUAAUACACACUUACCACAGAUUUACAUUUGUUUGCACAUAUUGAACACAUAUGCUGCACACGAACACAAGUCCCAUAAUUUAAAAUUUAAAAUGGCUGAAAAUUUUCUGAAGAAUGCCAAAGGAAUUCAUUAUGGCUACGGGAAGGAGAACUACAAGGAAGGAGUACCAUUACUGCCAGCAUUUCAUCCGGAUGUGUUCACAGAAUCUUUAGCAAACUUUAAGAUGUUUCCUGAUGACAUCUAUUUUACUGGCUACAUGAGAACAGGCACAUACAUUGGCUUAGAGGUGCUCCAACUGAUACUGAAUGAUGUGGAUACUGAAACUCUAAGGAACACACCAAUCUAUGACAGAAUAUACCACAUCCUUGUUGGCAGAGAUUAUUUCAUACCUGGCAAACUUAAAGGUUUUGAACAUGGGGAAUCACCGCUUCCAUGGCUGAGUGAGCAAAAAUCCCCUCGACUUCUAAAAACUCAUGGUCUUUAUGAAUUCGCCCCAAAGGAUGCAAAAACCGGAAAGUGCAAGGUCAUUGUAGCAACUAGAAAUCCAAAGUCAACAUACUUGAGUUGGUUCAAAUUGAUGCAAACAUUUACCCCUGUCUUCCCCGAUGGUAUUACUUGGGAAGAUUAUUUUGCUGCAAUGAUAUCAGGAGAGAAUAAACACUUGGUACUUGGUACAUGGUUUGACUUCUGUCUGGAUUGGUGGAAACAUAGAGAUGAUAUGUCCAUCUUUUUUCUCAACUAUGAAGCUCUUUUCAAGGAUGGUAGAAAGGUGAUCAAAGAGUUGACAGAAUUUUUGGGUAAAACAUUAACAGAAGAAAAGAUAACAGAGAUACUAAAAUACAUUGACUUUGAUCAAUGUAAACAGAACCCAUCAUUUAGCAAGGCCCUCAAGAAUAUGCCAAUGGCAUCAGAAAAGACCUCACAUAUGAGAAAGGGCAAGAUUGAUGACUGGAAGAAUUACUUCACUGUGGCCCAGAGUGAACAAUUUGAUAAACUUUAUAAAGAGAAAAUGGAAGGAUCAGGAUUUCCAGAACCAGUGUAUGAGUAGCAUAGUCAUGAGUCAAUAUCAAGACCAAUACUAGUGCAGUUGAUAUGAAAUUAGAGACACAAUUUUAAAUUGAUAUACUAAUAAUAUUGACAAAAUUCUGUAAAAAAAACAUUAAAAUCUCUCACCAGAUUUACACAGAGUACAAUCAGUUCAGGCAUGUAUUGGCACUUUUGACCAAAGUCUUAAAUUCAAAUCACCAUCUCUUGUUAGUAUAUAGAUUAUGUCUAAACUAAACAAAAUUAUCUAACAACAUUUUGUGAAAUUCAUAUCCACUGUAUUUCAUAGAAACAUAUUUUUAGAUAAAAUAUAACUUUACCUAAAACAAUACAUACUUUAGUUUUGUUUUGCCUUCAGUUUUACUCAGAGGCCAGUGAGUUUAAAGCCCAAUGAAUAAUCCCAAGAAAUAUGCACAUCAAUACUCAUUUGAAUGAUUUUAUGAAUGAGUGAUCUAUCUACAACAGUUAUUGUCACAUAUGCUGUUAUGUUUUUGCACUAACACCAUGUUAUUGCUGAGGAUUAACAAUUAUAAAUUAAUUACUUAUCAUUACAUGUUGGAUGUUUUGAGUUGCUUGUGUAAUAUGUAUUUCACAGAGGAAUGGCUUUAUGACAUUUACAGAUUUAUGGGCUGCCAUGUUUUCCUGGGUUUGUCAUAAAGACUGUUUUCCAUAUUUUAAACUCAACAAAAUACCCACAUCCAAGAGAUACUCUACAUAUGACCUAUAACCCCAAUACAAAAUUUUGCUAUUAAAAUAGAUUAAUAUUAAUUCAAGGAACAAUAUUAUACAAAUAGUGACUGCCAUUGAGGGAAAUUAUGCAAAUUAU